CCGAACCCGCUCCGUCACGUGCACGCGCGAGGAGGAUGAGGAGGAGGAUGAAGGUCGUGGUUAACAACUGUUUUUUAAAUAUUUGCUCAACACGUGAAGGCCUGCGUUUCACUUCAGACUGCUUUGGUACGGUCAUAUUCGGGUUUUGCGAGACAGAAAGCUCCUGAAUCAUGGAUCCUUGGGGAGAUAACGGGAGAUAACGGGAGAUAACGGGACACACGGGACAGUUUGAUGGAAAUAUCUGCGCCACCGGAGGAAGCCCGGUCCCGCCGCGCUGAGAUGCCCUGAGACGGAGGGGGACGCCCACCGGAGGUGCAUGAUGGUCUAGCCCCGCCCACUCUUCGUUAGGAUGUUGGCCUCGGUGGUCUCUGGUAGCAACGGAGGGAGAGUGCUGACCCUGAAGGGUGUUGACCCCGAAACAUGUAUGAUCGUCUUCAAAAACCACUGGACACAGGUUCUGAGGAUCCUGGAGAAACACGAUCCGGGUCGCGGUGGAGCCGUUGCUCUGCGCUUCGGCCCGAUCCCCGGCGACGAGGCCAGCGCCGUGCAGAACUACGUGGAGCACAUGCUCUUCCUGCUGAUGGAGGAGGAGAGCGGCCAGGGCGGGGCCAUGGGGACCAUCCUGGAGUUUGUGGUGGUGGAGAACGUGAUGGAAAAGCUGUUCCUGUGGAGUCUGCGGCGCGAGUUCACAGACGACAUGAAGCUGGAGCAGCUGCGCAUGUACAAGAUGCUGGUGGCGCAAGCCAAACAACCGCUGCUGCACCACAAGCCCAUCCUCAAACCUCUGAUGAUGCUGCUGUCCGCCUGCUCCAGCUCCUCCACCGUGGGGCCCUCGUCCUCCUGCACCGCGGGGCCCAAAAGCGGCAGCUCCGCGGCAGGGCUCACCUGCGCCGUGGGGCCCGGCAGCUCUGCGGUGGAGGUGGAGCUGGUGUCCCUGCUCCAUCAGCUGUGCCGUGUGCUGGUGAAGGAAGCCUCCGUCCUGGAGCUGUUCUUCCACAGCAGUCAAGAUCAGGGAGCUGCCAACUUUCUGCUCUUCUCUCUCCUCAUCCCUUUCAUCCACCGCGACGGGGCGGUCGGCGCGCAGGCCAGAGACGCCCUCACCCUCAUCAUGAGCCUCUCGUCUCAGAACAACCUGGUGGCCAAACACAUCGUGGAGAACACCUACUUCUGUCCGGUGUUGGCCACGGGUCUCAGCGGGCUGUAUUCGGGUCUGCCGGCGAAACUGGACGUUUACAGCGAGGGCUGGUUCUGUCUGGAGAGACACGACUGGCUGCAGCUUCCAGCGCUCUUUCAGUUCCUCAACUCACUACACUUCUGUAGCACUGUGUGCAGGGUGGCUCACCCCUCUAUCAGAGAUCAGCUCCUGGGCUACAUCUACAAUGGUUUCCUCGUUCCUGUCAUGGCUCCUGCUCUUCAUAAGCUGACUUUGGAGGAAGUGAUGACCACGACAGCGUACCUGGAGCUCUUCCUGCGCAGCAUCUCUGACUCCGCCCUCCUCCAGACCUUCCUCAUCUUCAUCCUCAGACAUCGGCAUGACAACGUCAGCCUCCUAGACACACUGGUCAGCAGGAUUAACACACCGUUUCAGCUCGGUACGGUCUCUCUGGCUCUGUUCCGGACUCUGAUUGGUCUGUAUUGUGAAGAUGUCAUGUUGCAGUUAAUUCUCAGGUAUCUGAUCCCAUGCUCUCAUCUGACGGACGGCGAGAGACUGCGGCUGCGGGAGAGAGACUGUUACUCCAUCACUGCGUCCGCUCUGCUCUCGCUCACACCUUCCUUCUUCAUCCCCAAAGCCUGCUCCUCUCCGCCGCAGACGCCCAAGCCUGACUACAUCCUCUGGUCAAAGGUCACCGAGGGCCUGCUGAGGGGCAGCAUGGGAAUGGAGGAUCUGUUCUCGGGUGGAGAUACCGUCGGAUGUUCGCGAGUAACAACUUCAGAGCCGCUGAUGCACAAGAACUAUCUCCAGUAUCUGUACGACGCGCGCAAAUCGGUCUGUACGACGGUCCAAGCGUGCGACGUGUGGUCGGCUCCUUACGACGGCCUCACUCCGUCCCCGGACGAAUAUCAGGACGAGGACGAAGAUGAGCGUCUCCCUCGCUCCACUCCGCCUCCUCAAGCACCGACUCCUCACCCGCCCUCGGAAACCAGCUCCACCGGCGACCGCGAGCGAGUCGGGACGCUGCUCGAGCUGGAGUGGGACGAUACGUACGACGCCGCGCCGGACAGGGAACCGACGCCCGACGUUCCGGACGAGCCCCCGAAACACAUUCAGGAAAUGCGCAAAAACGCCAUCAUGCUGAUUAAAGGGUCUUAUAUCGAGGAGUCGGAGUUUCAGGAUGACGUGUUGGUUUAUAAUCUGAUCGCGCAGAAAGACGCUCGCGACGACCGCCGAAUGUUCGUCAAAAACGGCUUGAAUAAGCCAGCCCACAAUCACUGCAUCAACAGCAACCCGAUGCCCACCAAUCGCACACCGAACCAUAAUCGAGCAGAACAUCCAGAACCGGAAUUUCGGGGCGACGUCGCGCAUCUGGACCACAACUGCAAUGAAAGCAAAACGUCCGAGGCCGCCGGAGACGACUUCGUCUCUCAGUGUUUGGAGCUGAUUCGGGAUCUGGGCGGAGAGGAAGACUCCGUCGUGGAGGACGAAGAGCAGCUCCAGCGGCUGCGGGAUCUCCUGCAUGAGGACGAGGACGAGGAGCUGGACUUCAGCUGCCUCUGUGAGGAGUGUGAGGGGGAAGACGACGAGGAAGAACUCGGUAAAGCUGAGGGCAGGAAGCACGGGAUCUCGUUUACAGGGCCGUUCAUCAGCGUCUUGCUGUCCCGGCUGGAGAACAUGCUGGAGAACGCCAUUGAAGUCAACCUGCUGCUCACGGGGAUUUUAGCGCAGCUGGCCACAUAUCCACAACCGCUGCUGCGAGGAUUCGUUCUGAACACCAGACCCGCGUCUCAGACGGGCGCUCGCUCUCUCUACCAGGUUCUGUUGUCAGUGGGUUGCCAGAUUGAACAGUACACAGCGUCCAAUCCGGAUUUUCCAGAGCUGGUCCGAGAGGCCGGCCAGUACCUGCUGCUCAAAGACCAGGCCUUGAAAGAGCAAGAGAGAGACGUCCACUUGCAAGAAAACGGCUCCGGCUGGUUCCUGAAUGGCCACGUCUUGGGACGUCCAUGCAAACCUCUUCCUCCCUGCCCCAAAGUCCCACCGCACCUGCGGAACCGAGUGUUCGCUACGUUUCUGUUCGCCGAGUUCCUGAAGGAGCUGGCGGCCAUCGCUCAAGAGCACUCCAUAUUACCUGAGCGAACUAUGGAGGAAUGACACAGAUUGUGAGUUUUCCUCGCUUAUCACAGCAACAAUCUAAUGCAAACGUCUCUGGGCGCUUUCCCAUUGGUUUCCUAUGAACGGUCAAGUUUGACCUCAAACAGCCAGUCUGUCUGGGUUUUUUAUGACUACUUCAACUUAUAGAAGUUCAGGUUUUGGUUUUCCAAAGUUCAGGUUUUUUGGCCCCCUGUUGUUUUGACCCCCCACAUUCAUUUUCAUAAACUGCUUAAAAUAAUCAACUAUUUAUUUCUUACUGAAAUUUGGUGGACUGUUUCAGUUGGCAUCAUGAAUGUUCAUGUAAAGUUUCAGCACACGGAUGUCUUUUGGAAAGGCUGCACAAAAACCUUGUUGGGUCAAAUUGACCCACGUUUUAUUUUACAAACUGCAUGAAAUACUAGUUAAAUUAAUUGUUUCUCAUUAAAAUUUGGUGGAUAUUUUACAGUUAGCAUCCUUAAUGUUCAUGUAAAUUUUUAGCACACAGAUGCGUUUUGGAAAGGCUGUACAAAAAUUAUUGCCACUUUUACGUUGGGUCAAACUGACCCACGCUCAAAUGUUCAAAUCACUCUAAAUACUAAUUAUACUGUUUAUUUCUUUUUAAAAUUUGGUAAAUAUUCUUAAUUUAGGAUUAUGAAUGUGCGAGCAAAGUUUCAACACGCAUAGAUGUGUUUUGGAAAAGCUGUACAAAAACUAAAGCUUUUGUGUUGAGUCAAAGCUGAUCCACACUCUAUUUUACAAAGUGCCCAAAAUACCAGUUAAAUUAGAGAUUACCUAUUAAAAUUUGGUGGAUAUUUUACAGUUAGCAUUCUUAAUGUUCAUGUAAAUUUUUAGCACACAGAUGUGUUUUGGAAAGGCUGUACAAAAAGUAUUGCAACUUUUACGUUGGGUCAAACUGACCCACGCUCAAAUGUUCAAACUACUCUAAAUACUGAUUAUACUGUUUAUUUCUUUUUAAAAUUUGGUAAAUAUUCUUCAUUUAGGGUUAUGAAUAUGCGAGCAAAGUAUAGAUUGGUUUUGGAAAAGCUGUACAAAAACUAAAGCUUUUGUGUUGAGUCAAAACUGAUCCACACUCUAUUUUACAAACUGCAAAAAAUACCAGUUAAAUAACGGAUUACCUAUUAAAAUUUGGUGGAUAUUUUUUAUUUAGCAUCAUGAAUGUGCAUGUAAAGUUUCAGCAAACAAAUGCAUUUUGGAAAGGCUGUACAAAAACUAUUACAGCUUUGGUGUUUGGUCAAAUUGACCCAUUCUGGUUAAACGGUUUAUUUUUUAAAAUAUGGUGAAUAUUUUUCUUUUAGGGUUAUGGAUGUGCAAGCAAAGUUUCAGUACAUAGGUGUGUUCUGGAACGACUGUACAGAGUUUAUUAACACUUUUGUGUUGGGUUAAAAAAUUCAAAAGUGCAGUUUUUUUUUGUUGCAUCACAAGUGACCCACGCUCUAUUAUACAAACUGCCCAAAAUACCAGUUAAGCUACUUAUUUCUUAUUGAAAUUUGGUGGAUAUUUUUCAUUUAGCAUUAUAAACGUGCAGGCAAAGUUUAGGUACAUGGAUGUGUUUUAGAAAGGUUUUGCAAAAAAAUUGUUUCUACUUUGUGUUGUCAAACUACUCAAAACUCUACUUUUUCUUAAGAUUUGGUGGAUAUUUUUCAUUUAGCAACACGAAUGUGCGUGUAGAAUUGCAGCACAUGUAUUUAUUGUGGAAAGGUUGUAGUUUUUUUUACAACUUUUGAGUUAAUUGACAGACAUAUUUUAAAUGACUCAAGAUACUGGUUCAACUGGUUUAUUCUUGAAAUUUGGUGGCUAUUUUUCAUUUAGCGUCAUGAAUGUUCAUGCAAAGUUUCGGCACAUGGAUGUGUCUUGGCAGGGCUGAGCUAAGAAUUGUUACUACUAUUAUAUUGGGUUAAACUGACCACGCUCAAAAUUGUAAACUGCUCGAAAUACAGCUUGAAGUGCUUAUUUCUUCUUAAAAUUGGGUAAAUAUCUGUCUUUUACAGUCAUGCGUAUGCAUGCAAAGUUUCAGCACAUAGAUGUGUUUUGGAAGGCUUUACUGAGUUUAUUAGGACUUUUAUGCUGGGGAUAAACUGAGCUCAGCUGGCAUCUAUGCAAUUUGCCAAAAAUCAAUCUGAAAAACAUUAAAGAGGCAGGUAAACAACGGAAGACCAUUGUUGUAGCUUGUCAAAGCCGAAAAUUUAAUAAACAUAGGAAUUUAUUCAAUUUAAGAUUCAAGGUUUACUUGAAAAUGAGCAGCUGUUUCUAGUUGGGUUUCACCAUCAAAAAAAUCCGCCAAGGAUUGUUUUUGUGAGUCUUUUGGAUCUCAAUUACCAGUCUGUUGCCACACAGAAAAAGUCUAACUCAUUCUAGUCUCACAAGGGUUUGAGAAAAGGACAUAGCAAGACAAAUAGCAAUAAUAACCCCUUACUUCCACUAAGUAUAAUGUUACUUGUUUAGACUUGUAGUCAUUUGCUCCUAUGAUGACAAAAAAAAGGAUUUUGUGAAAAGAAAAUAUCAAAAUGUGUGGUCAGACUGACCACUAACACAAUGAAAAUAGAUGGGAAUAUUUUACAUUUCUCACAUAUUAUUUACAGUAGAAGUGUUUUGUUUUACGCCAGUCUUUAGUUUUAGGGUUUGUUUUUGACAAAUUGCAUGAAAACCAAUGAGGGUCAAUCUGACAAACAGACUCUAAAGCUGUACUCACUUUGUGAACACAACGGGAGGUUUAAAACAGUGGAACUGGUCUAAAAUUGACUUAAAAGCGCAUUAGCGUUAGCUUCGUUAGCAUAAAGAUGAGCUCAGCGCCACAAACGUGAAGCCUUGAAGCCGCAGGAGAUUGAUUUGUUUGGUUUGGAGGCUCUGGUACGUGUCGUAACUGCUCUUAAAGCCAUCCAGACCCAAUGUGUGAACCUUCACCGACGCAUAACCUGACGUUUCCAAUGCAUUGUGUUUUAGCUCACCGUACAGAAACACACAGCACACGAUGAUGCCUCUUUUAAAGGAACAGCUCUCUAAGAAUCACCAUUGAUCUAAAUGCACUAUAAUAUCCUGCAGUAUAUUCAAGGACAUUGUUAUUUUUGCCUGAACUGUUGCUUUAACAACCAAACUCAUUCAGACAUUGUAUAUUGUUAUAUUGUUUUUUUUUUCUUUGUGUAUACAUGAAUCACUUUAAUUGUUUAUCAGCCAAUUUUAAACCUUUAGUAUGUUGUGUGUGUGUGUGUGUGUGUGUGUGUGUGUGUGUGUGUGUGUGAAGCUUCCUGUGACUGUGCAUCGUCUCAAAACAACAUAACCCAUCGGCACACAUAGUGAUAAUGUGAUAAUGGCAUGGACAAUUAAUUUUAUUCUACGAGGAUGUUCAAUGAGAAAAUGCAGAGCGUUUCGGAAGUAUCUCUAUAUGAAGAUACACUGGGUACAGAAGCGGAGAAAGGAUUAUAAAGACUUUUUUUUUUUUUUUUUUCAAAAUGCACUGAACAUGAAUUAAUAAAAGUCAGCAGAUCUGAUUCUUUUCAUUUCAAGCUGACCGAGCACAAAAAAAAAAUCAUGUUGUAUUCCACCGAAUAAUCGUGAUCUCUCUAAACGUGAGGGUUUUAAUUCACCGCGGU